AUGGCUUUCGCGAACUUUUAUGAUUAUUUGCGCAACCUAACGAUUAGCGAGGAACAGUGUGGGCAGUGUUCAUAUCAACAAAGUUGUGGUCGACAAUGUCAUAGAAGAGGUAGUAUUGAUCUCAUAAAUCCACUCUUUGUUGCUGAACGUCCUUGUAAGGGGAUUUCACAAACUAAAGCUUGUGUUUCAAAUUACGUGGACGAUUGUAAGCAUUGGCCAAAUCAUGAGAUUGCAUUGCCGAAUAUAACCGAUUCAAUGAUGGAACUGAUUAACAAACUUGAUUAUCUCAGUUGUGUGCCAGAAAAAAGAUCGAACGGUGAUGUAUGUCGUUGUUGUUGUCAUCCUUACCGACCAGAUCCAAGGACUUUUGAAUGUCAACUAAAGCUUAACAAUAGGGGAAGAUCCUGA